AAAAUCCCUCAAACGGCAGCACGAGACAUUGGACCUGUGUCUCGAAGACGCAAAGAAAAUGAUGAAAGCGGGUACUCCUUCAACUUUAUUAUAUGCAAUUUUAACGGUACUUUUCACAGCAGCUUCUGGGCAGUCAGGGUGCGUGCAAGGAGGUUUUAAAGUUCUCUGUAGUCAGGGCCACAGUUGCGGUCCCGGGUACCACUGUGACAUCACCUUCCAGCCUUCUCCGUCCCAGAGAUGUGAGUUACCCGCACAUCCUGUAGGGGGAUGUGUUAGAGACCCCGAGUGUGAAGUUAGAGCGGCAAAAACAGUGCGCUGUUCACAAGUGACCAAUUGCCAAAGUGGAUUCAAAUGCGAACCGAACUUUUACACCCAGCCCCGGGAGUGCAUAAAAAAGCCCGGCUGUGUGUGUCCCAGUCUGCCUGCGCCCGACCCCCUCCCAACCUGCGUCCCUCUACCCCCCUGUAACAUGUCUCCUAUGCCAGGCCGACAACGCUGCGAAAUCGUAACUACGUGUUCUGCUGGAUAUUACUGCGACCCGCCAUGGUACCAGCCGCCUCCCGUGUGUGACAAAAAGCCCGGAUGUGUCUGUCCCCGCCCCCCUGUGGGUCCUCCUCUCCCGACCUGUAUUCCUCUACCGGAGUGUCCAACACAAACCCCAAGUCCUGUUCCGUGUGAACGUGUGACAAAUUGUGAUGCUGGGUACUACUGUGACCCUGCAUAUUACCAGCCGGCUGACCAGUGUGUUAAGGGACCCAGGUGUGUCUGUCCACCCCCCNAAUCUAUAGUGACAAAUUGUGAUGCUGGGUACUACUGUGACCCUGCAUAUUACCAGCCGGCUGACCAGUGUGUUAAGGGACCCAGGUGUGUCUGUCCACCCCCCGGUCCACCCCCUCCUCUCCCCACCUGUAUUCCACUGCCUGAGUGUUCCACAGAGACUCCAUACCCAGAACCGUGUGAAAACCACAAAACGUGUGGUCCAGACUACAAGUGCACACCUGCGCGGUACACCCCGACGCCUACCUGUAUAUCCGGUCCUCGCUGUCAGUGUCCUGUCAUCCCCCCUGUCCCCCCGCCCACCUGUGUACUGAAACCCUUGUGUGGGACACUACCUACUGCACCUGUGCGUUGUGAAGAGGUACUAGUUAAUCAGUGUCCCCAGGGUCAGCACUGUGAGCCGGCAUGGGUGAACCCGCCACCAAAUUGCGAUAAGAAUCCCGGAUGCAGAUGUCCACCGACGCCAACGAUGGCACCCCCCACCUGCGUCCCUACCCCGUGUAACACGGUACCAGCAGUGCAGAGACCGUGUGAGGACCUAAUCAAAUGCUCGGAUGGCUACCACUGCGAGCCUAAAAUGUUCGCACCUCCGCCGUGUUGUUUAAAGAACAGGGACUGCACGUGUGUGCCCCAGCCAGUGGCCAAGAAACUGGAAUGUGUGCGCGACCCGUGUCCUGGUCCCCCAGGUCCGACUGUAGACUGCAGCGCGCUUAUCACCUGUGAUCCCGGAUACCAUUGCGAGCCAAGGACAGUGGUGACCUCCCCGCCCGGCUGUGGACAGCCCACGUGCCAGUGCCCGGGGGGACCGGUUGGGGCACCACCCGUGGGAGUGGGACCAGGGACCGGCCAGUUCCCUAUUUGUGUAAAAGAUUAAACAGAAUGCCUUACUAAUUUAGAUUGGUUCUGUGAUCUCCACACGUGACCGAACUCAUGAAAUAAAAGCAUUUUGAAGAGUUAUGAUGUACAGUAUAUGAAUUACUUCUACAAGUAGCAGCCCAGUGUGGUUCAAUGCUUCCCUGAUGUCAAUUGUGUCAGUUUGAUGUAUUUUAUUGAUACUGGUAUCUUUGUCAUUUUUAUCUAAUCGUGACUGUAGGAUACACGAUGUAGUGUCACAUCGGCAUGCAAACAAAACGAUUUUCUUAAUCAUGCCGCUCCGAAAAAAAGAAAAUGCUAUGCAAAUAAAUUGUUGCUGCUUUAAUUUUA